AGAGAGAGAGAGAGAGAGAGAGAGAGAGAGAGAGGAUGGAUCCUAAGCUCUACAAAGCAGCAAAAGAGGGUGAUGUGAUGUAUCUCGCUGCAAGAAUCGUUCGAAUGAAAAGAACAGAGGUAGAAGAUCUCGAAGUAGGAAUCCUUCGAAUAAACAGAACAGAGGAAGAGGACAACCGAUACGGUAGGAGUGAGGAGUAUUUGCUGGACAGGACGCAACAUGGCAACAACAACAUUCUUCACAUAGCAGCAAGAGCCGGACGUGAUCUCUUCGUUGCGGUAGCUCUCCAGUUCCUCCCUGUUCUUUCAAACCAAGUGAACUCACAGGGUGACACCCCUCUCCUUGCCGCGGCUAGGUUUGGUCGCCUCAAAGUGGUGGAAACAAUUACGAAGCCUCAGUUCAAGUUUCAGAUACGACGUGACAUGGCUGCUGCUACUACGACGCUUAUCAGAACAUACACGAGUAAGAGUAGUAGUAGUAGUCGUCAUCGUUGUUGUCAAAGAGAUGAAGAAGAAGGGCUAGUUGAUCAUCCAUUGGAGCUGGGUACUAUACACGAUGAUAUGGCUACGACUGUGGAUAACGGGACAAAGUCGAGUAGUAGUCGUCGUCAGAGAGAUGCGGAAGAAGUGCUAGUUGAUUGUCAAUUGAUACAUGGUACUACAGCUCUACAUGAGGCUUUAAGGAAUGGACACGAGGGGGUGGCACGGUAUUUAUUAAGUUUGGAUCGUGAAAUGGCAACCUUUGUUAGUGGUGCUGGAGAGAGCCCGCUUUUCUUGGCCGCCGAAUCUCGUUGCGAGUUAUUUAUGUAAGAUAUUUUACAAUCAAAUCGGCCAUAUAGCGCAAAAGGCUCCGACGGGCUUAAUGUAUUACAUGCUGCACGAGAUUGUUGCGGCAAAAUUAUUUCAAUUCUAAUAACACAAAAACCACACCUGAUGAGACAAAAAGAUGACUGCGGAAAGGCAGCCAUUCACUAUGCAGUAGAAGCAAAUUAUUGGGUUUUGGUUGAUCAAAUGUUGAAGGCCGACGCUUCGAUUGCCCUCUUUCCUGAGGACGACGGUCACACCCCUCUCCUUACAGCAGCGAGCAGCGGGCGUGGGAAGAUUUGUGAGAAGAUACUUGAGAUAUGUCUAGAAUCAAUCGAGGCGCGCAAUCAUAAAGGUCAACAUGCACUUCAUCUUUGCAAAUUUCGGGAUGCUCGUUUUCUGAUCAGGAUUCCAGAAAUAUUGGAGCUUCUUAAUGUAGGCGAUAAUGAAGGAAACACGCCUUUGCAUCUGGCCAUAAAAGAAAUUGACUAUGAAAAGGCAAUGUUAUUAUCUUCUUCGAAUUCAGUUGACUUGGGGGCUGUUAACAAAGAAGGUCUAACAGCCUUAGAUCUUUGCCAGACAGAUUGGAAGAAUGCACACAAACAGAGACUGAUGUGGCUUCAUCUAACGAUACUCGGAGCCCCACGUGGCCGACUCCGGAAUGAGUACAAGGUUCCUGUUGGAGAACGGAUUGAAGAUUUUAAUCCAGUCAUUAAUACCAUGGCUUUGGUAGCUACACUAAUUGCCACUGUCACUUUCGCCGCUGCAUUCACGAUGCCAGGCGGGUACGACACCAGUCCCGACAAUUUGGGUGUUGCGAAUCUCGCAAAGAAGGCUGCGUUAAGGGCAUUCAUUCUAUCGGAUACCAUUGCUAUGUCCUUCUCCAUCAUUGCGGUGUUAGCACUUCGUGGCAGUAUAUUUUGAACAAGAAAUGCAAAGGAGAAUUUGCUUAAUAAGUUGGGCAUUGAUCAACUUGGCGAUGCGUGGAAGCCUGGUAGCUUUUAUGAGCCGUUUAUUUGUAGUAAUAGCACCUAAGGCCUUAUGGGAUGCCAUCUCAGUAUGUAUCAUUUGUACCACAGUUACUCUUGCAUUAGAGCUCUCCGUUCCAUUUC